GCGGUGCCACGCCCAUGGGCGUGGCCCGAGGGGCGGGGCUGUGGCGGCCGCGAUGGCGUCGCUGUUCGGCGGCGUGGAGGGCGGGGGCACCCACUCCAGGGUGGUGCUGGUGUCUGGAGAUGGGCAGAUCCUGGCCGAGACAGAGGGACCCUGCACCAACCACUGGCUCAUCGGCUCCGAGAAGUGCCUGGAGAGGAUCGAGCGCAUGGUCAGCGAGGCCAAGAGCAAGGCGGGGGCCGACCCCCAGGUCCCCCUGCGCUCCCUGGGGCUGUCCCUGAGCGGGGGGGACCAGCAGGACGCCAUCGGGAAGCUGACGGAGGAGCUGCACCGGCGCUUCCCCCACCUCAGCCAGAGCUACUUCAUCACCACCGACGCCGUGGGGGCCAUGGCCACGGCCACCGACCACGGGGGGAUCGUGCUGAUCUCGGGCACCGGCUCCAACUGCAAACUCAUCAACCCCGACGGCUCCGAGACCGGCUGCGGAGGAUGGGGGCACAUGAUGGGCGACGAAGGCUCCGCGUACUGGAUCGCCCACCAGGCCGUGAAGAUGGUGUUUGACUGCAUGGACAACCUGGAGGUGCCGCCCCACGACGUGGGAUACGUCAGGCAGGCCAUGUUCGACUACUUCCAGAUCUCGGACAGGAUGGGGCUCCUGACCCACCUCUACCGCACCUUCGAGAAGUCCAAGUUCGCGGGGUUUUGCCAGAAGCUGGCAGAGGGCGCCCAGGCCGGGGACCCUCUGUGCUGCCACAUCUUCACCAAGGCGGGCGAGGUGCUGGCGCGGCACGUGGUGGCCGUGCUGCCCAAGAUCGACCAGAGCCUGUUCCUGGGGGAGCUGGGGCUGCCCAUCGUGUGCGUGGGCUCCGUGUGGAACAGCUGGGAGCGGAUGCAGGCGGGGUUCAUCCAGGUGCUGGCCCAGGCCCGGGAUGAGGCCCCGGGCCGCGCGUUCUCCCGGUUCAGCCUCCUGAAGCUGAAGCGCUCGUCGGCCCUGGGGGGGGCCCGGCUGGGGGCCCGGAGCGUGGGGAUGGCCCUGCCCCUGGACAGGGCCGGGAACGUGGACGUGUUCUACACACACGUGUUCUGAGCCACCCCACAGCGGGGGCACCCCAAACACGGGGGCACACCCCAAACACGGGGGGACACCCCAAAAACGGGGGCACACCCCAAAAAUGGGGUCACACCCCAAAAACGGGGGCACACCCCAGCAAUGGGGGGGCUCGGACUGAGAGGUUUGUGGUUUGGCAAUAAAGAGGUUGCACUGCCCG